AUGAUUCGUAGAAAUACUCGUCUUCGUAGAGAAUAUCUUUAUAAAAAAUCUUUGGAAUCCAAGGAACGUACAAUUUAUGAGCGUAAACAAAAGAUCAAAGAGGCUAUUGAGCAGGGAAAGCAAAUACCUACGGAAUUAAGAAAUUUGGAUAAGAACACAAAAGAAGAUCUUGGUUACGAUCAAGCUCAAGAAGCUCCUAGAACCCAUGAAGAUGAUGAAUAUGCUCGUGCAGGUGUUUUCGAUCCAAAGAUUGUGAUUACAACAUCUAGAGAUCCUAGUAGUCGUCUACAACAAUUUUCUAAAGAAAUGCGUCUUGUAUUUCCUAACUCUCAGCGUAUCAAUCGUGGUGGUCAUGUUAUGAAAGAUCUUGUUGAUGCUUGUCGGGCUAAUGAAGUGACGGAUUUAAUUAUAUUACAUGAACAUCGUGGACAACCAGAUGGUAUGGUUGUAUGUCAUUUCCCCUAUGGUCCUACUGCUUAUUUCUCUUUGCAUAAUGUUGUACUUCGACAUGACAUUAAAGAUCAAGGAACAGUAUCUGAAGCAUUUCCUCAUUUAAUAUUUGAAAACUUUAAUACUAAAUUAGGUGCCAGAAUUACAAAUAUUUUGAAAUAUUUAUUCCCUGUUCCAAAAGAUGAUUCUAAACGAGUAAUGACUUUUGCUAAUGAUAAUGAUUAUAUUUCCUUCAGACAUCAUGUGUAUGUGAAAACAGGUAAUCAAGUUGAAUUGGCUGAAGUUGGACCUCGUUUUGAAAUGAGACCAUAUGAAAUCAGACUUGGUACAGUUGACUUAACAGACGCUGAUGUGGAAUGGCAAUUAGCAUCAUUUACAAGAACUGCAGCAAAGAGAACUGAUCUUUAAGUUUCUUUUUUCUUUUUUUUUUCUGUAUAAUAAAAGUGUGUUUAUUUUUAUUUUUUUUUAGAGUUUAAUACAUUUCUUUGGACUGGAUUAAUAAAAUUAUACUGUCACAUGAAAGAGUGAAUUCAAUAAUUUCAAUGUACUAAUUGAAACAGAUAUAAAACAGAGUAAUAAUUAUUAGACACACUGGUUAUACCGUAAAAAACAUAAUUGUCAACUAGAGAUGACUUAUAUAAGCCGGAUAAAAAGAGGCUUAUGUUUGUAAGAAGGCGCAAGUGUAAUAACUUACAUGUUGACUCCAUAUUACAUAUACAAUGAUAAGAGUUUUUUUUUUAAUAGAAGUAAAAGUAGCAUUAUUAUCAUGACAGAAUCAAGUAAAACACCAUCCUUAACAAAGACUAUGAGCAAUAUGCAUGAAUUAACUAGUAAACCACUA